AUGCGUGCGUUUAUCUACGAACAGCAAAAACGUUCACUGCGUCGAUUACGUACGUUUAGGAUGAAAGCGAUGGAAAGUAAGCGUGAAGUGAUGCAGAGAAACUGCAGAGUGGCGCGACAGGUGUCUAUAGAUCGUUGCGACAGUUCGGCCCCGUUGGCAGUAUCCGAAGCAGGCUGCGUAUUUGAAGCCGGCUCGCUGCAGUGGCUUUGCGAAACCGGCGGUUAUGCAAGGCGCGCCGAUGCCAACUCGCAGGCGCUCGUGGCCGCGCCGGAAGGAAAAGUGGAACGAGCCGCAGUGAGGCGGGCGCGCGCGCCGCUUCCACACGCCCGUUGUCCCAGUCGAGUGCCCAGUGUCGUGUAG